AUGGCCCGUGAUGGUCUACCAUCAGCUCUGAGAACAUCAAAUACACGAAUUGGUAAUGGUCACGGAAGCGGCGUGCUUCCCGCCGGGCAAGAAAUUGGAAUCUCCAAGGGGAAAAUAUCUCUCAUAGGAUAUGAUCUGCCCGAAGGCCCCGAGACCAAUAUCAUUGAUGCGCAAGGCGCAUACAUUACACCCGGUGGUGUCAAUUCGCACGUGCAUCUGGUGCAAAGAAAUGCACCGACUGGAGACACCUGGGAGACUGGUUCACGCAGUGCAGUCGCUGGAGGCACUACGACCGUACUUGCAUUUGUAUCGCAAACGAAGGAGAUGACAUCCUUGUUCCCGAGCUACUGUGAUUACGGAUUUCAUUUUAUUCUCACGAAUCCCAGCGCAACAAUUCUUGGGCAGGAAUUGCCUCUGAUUGCCAAGGAAGAAGGUAUAACAAGCGUCAAACUGUAUAUGACUUACAACUUGUACAAACUGUCCGACCGUCAACUCCUCGAUACUAUGCUUGCAUGCCGCUCGCUGGGACUGACAACCAUGAUUCAUGCUGAGAACAGCGAUAUGAUUAAUUUCCUGGUCCAGGGGCUUGAGAGAAACGAGAACACGGCCCCUUUCUUCCACGCGAUUUCGGCACCAAAAAUGGCUGAAGGCGAAGUGUCAUACCGUGCCAUUCGACUCGCAGAAUUGGUAGAUGCUCCGGUGCUACUAGUCCACCAUAUCAGGGAAGCGCAAACGAGAUUACUUCCGAUCCAUGCAGAGACAUGCCCCCAUUAUCUGUUCCUAUUGCCUGACAAACUGGCAAACCACGAGCAUGAUGUCUUCCAUGGUGCCAAGGGGGUGUGUUCCCCUCCGCUUCGCCACAACCCAGAAGAUCUCGAAGCUCUCUGGCGCGGAAUUUCAAACGACACUAAAAUCCCCAAAGGAAUCCCAGGAAUUGAGACCCGACUCUCUCUUCUUUUCAGUGAAUCGGAAGGAUGUCUACCGAAAGGGAAAGCCCGACUGAGCCUGGCUCGUUUUGUGCAACUCACAUCGGGCAAUCCGGCCAGACUAUAUGUGUUGACGCGGAAGGGAUCCAUUAUGCCAGGAUUUGAUGCAGAUCUAGUGAUCUGGAAUCCACACAAUCAAGGCGAGAAAACUAUUGCACAGGAGAAACUCCACCACGGGGUUGAUUAUACGCCAUUUGAAGGGAUGCGUGUUCGGAACUGGCCUCGCUUUACGAUGUUGCGGGGUGAGAUUGUAUGGGAUGCAGACAAGGAUAGUGUGACUGGAGCGAAGGGAUUUGGGAAUUUCUUAAAGAGAGAAAACGGUCACCUUCUCGUUGGAAAGCUUGGUCAACUGCCCGCAGGGGUGAUCGAGGGAGAGUGA